ACUUUUCACAUAAUCAUUUUGCUAAACUAAAGAACCCAAAAACUCAACAACCAUUCUCUUAGCCAAUUCACACAUACAAAAAAAAAAAAAAAAAAACCCUAGAUUGAUAUCAAGAAUUAUGGAAGUGAUGAUACAAAGUUCUAAUAUGGAUACAUUCAAUUUUAAUAGUGGAACAAUGAGUUCACCAUAUCUAAGUCCUCCAUCUUCACCAAAACGUUUUGGUGAAUUUUACUUAAGUGCCCCUUCAAGUCCAUCUAGGCUUUCUGAAUUAUAUAGUGAAAUGGAUUAUUUGUCCAUAAUUGAUCAAACAUCAUCAAACAACAAAAACAGCAACGUUGUUGAUGAAGAUGAUGAUAGCCAAGGUGGUUUUGCUUUCUCAGUUAACCAUGAAUCAAAUAAAUCGUCGACUCGUUCAGCUGAAGAACUCUUUCAUGGUGGCAAAAUCAAACCAUUUACUAAUGAAGAAGCUAAGGUUGUUGUACCUAAGAAGCAACAAAAAGUUCAAGAUGAAAGAAGAGGAAGAGAAAGAGAGAGAAUAGAGUCAUCAUUGAAUAAUUCUGGUAGAAGAAGUUCAAGAUCACAUUCUCCUUAUAGAAAAUCAAACUACAUAUCAGAAUUGGAAGAACAAAACUCUCAAAAACAGCAACAACCUCGUAGCAACAAAGAGGAAUCAAAGAUAUCAAACAGUAGUACAGGUCCUGGUUCGAUUUCGAAGGGUUCGAGGAGAUGGAAAUUGAGUGAUUUAUUGUUGUUUAGAAGUGCUUCAGAAGGAAGAGGUUCAAGCAAGGAUCCAUUAAAGAAAUAUUUUGUUGGGUAUAAGAAGAAUACUAGUGAAGAAGUUAAAGGUUCAAGCAGCUUUAGAUCUUCUGAUUCAUUUUCACAUCAUGGGUCAAGAAAAAAGGCUCAAGUUUCAGCUCAUGAAAUGCAUUAUGCUAUGAAGAAAGCUGAGUCACAAGAUAUGAAGAAGAGAACUUUCUUGCCUUAUAGACAAGGGAUUUUGGGAAGGUUGUCUGGAUUUGGACUAUAGAUGCAAUUUCUCAAGUUUUUAUUCGGUUGUUCUUUAAUUUUCUCCAACUUUUGUUGUUGUUAAAAAGUUGUAUUCAUUUGUUAAAUUUUGUAAUAUGAACCUAUCAACAAAGGUUUAAUCAAGUUGUGUAAACAGAAUUUGUAAUAUGAUACUAUUAUACAUAUAUAAUGUAUAUUAAUUGUAAUUAUACAUAUGAGAUUAUGAGUAUAUGAUGUCCCAACACUCUUUAUAGUUUAUAUAUGUGCUAAUCAAAAUUCUUUAGCACAAAGUCUAAUUAGUUUAUGUGCUAUAUUUUGAGGCU